UGGUGUUUUCAAUUUGACAUUUCUCUGGCACUUGCUCUUCUUCUUUCAUUCAAGCUUUGGUAUUCAUUCUCUUAGAGGUAUAGAAUGAACGAUUGGGCUGCUCCUCUUAUAGCUGCCGCUAUGUUUUGGCUUUUGUGCCCAGGAAUGAUCUUUCAAUUGCCGGGAAAGAAUGCACCAUUCGAGUUUAUGAACAUGAAGACCACUGUUGCAUCCAUUUUUGUACACACUGUUAUUUAUGGUUUGUUUCUCAUGUUAUUCUUCAUUGUUCUCAGUAUCCAUCUUUAUAUCUAGGUAGCAGCAAAGAGUAUUUAAAGAAAACUAGCUAACAUGCUGCUUUAUUAUAUGGUAGAUCAUGUGACAAUCUCUUCAUGUAAACGCUGAUCAAUAUAUGUGUGCCCUUCUGAAUUUGCACUACUUGA